CUACACUCCCCAAUCCAUAGACCACAACACCAAACCCAAACACAUACCCAUGGGCCACGACUUUGACCUUAGCCCAACAAGAAAUCUCACUCUGAAUAUCUCCAUUUUAAGUAACAAACAUCCAAUUUCUUGCAUCAUCGUCAUCAUCAUCCCCUUGAUAGGCUCACCCUUAUGCAAGAAAACCUUUAUGGAGGUGUUUGCUGGUUUGGCAAGGUUACAAUUCUAUCGAGUGAUAUGAAGAGCCCACCAUCUUUGGGGUGUCCAACACAUGAAAUUUUUGCUGCUGUGAUUGCGAUUUAAAAUGUUUCUUGUAGAUUACAACACUAGCAUUGAAAGUAUGGGUUAUGCUUUUAGUAAAUUGGAGAUGGACUCUGCACUUCUUGAUGGUUCCAGCUCCAAUCAUGAUGUUGCCAGUAGCUCUCACCUCAAUAGGCAGCUCAAUUCCUUAGACCAUGACAUUGCUCAGUUGACAAAGCUUCGAUCACGACCCCAUGACAACCUGAGACGAGUUUUGCCAGGGAAGCGUGUAUUCCCCGUUUCAACUGUAAAGAUGUUGGCUGGCCGAGAAGCAAAUCUUUCGGGAAGAGGGAAGUUCUCAUCAGGAGAUUGUUGUCAUGUUUUGAGUAAAUAUUUGCCAGUUAAUGGUCCGUGGGUUGUGGACCAGAUGUCAACCAGGGCUUAUGUAUCACAGUUUUCCGUUGACGGCUCACUUUUUGUUGCUGCAUUUCAGGGAAGUCAAAUCAGAAUAUAUGACGUCGAAAGAGGCAUGAAAGUUCAAAAGAACAUUCUUGCCAGAAGCUUGAGAUGGACAAUUACUGAGACGUCCUUGUCACCUGAUCAAAAACACCUUGUUUAUGCUAGCAUGUCACCUAUCGUCCAUAUUGUCAAUGUUGGAUCUGCCACCAAAGAGUCUCUUGCGAACAUCACUGAAAUCCAUGAAGGUUUGGAUUUCUCUUCGCCUGAGGAGGGGGGAUACUCUUUUGGAAUCUUCUCUCUGAAAUUCUCAACUGAUGGGCGAGAAGUUGUCGCUGGAAGCAGCAACGAGGAUAUAUAUGUUUAUGACCUUGAAGCGAAAAAAGUCUCCCUUCGAAUCUCAGCACAUACGUCUGAUGUCAACACUGUAUGCUUUGCUGAUGAAAGCGGUCAUCUAAUUUAUUCAGGAAGUGAUGACAAUUUCUGUAAGGUUUGGGACAGACGCUGCUUUAGAGCGAAAGGCAAGCCUGCAGGUGUCUUGAUGGGCCACCUUGAAGGUAUUACAUUUAUUGAUACCCGUCGAGAUGGUCGUUAUCUCAUAUCCAAUGGGAAAGAUCAAUCUAUUAAACUGUGGGAUAUACGGAAAAUGUCGUCAAAUGCUAAUUGUUACCGCGGGUACAGGAAUUAUGAAUGGGAUUACAGAUGGAUGGACCACCCACCGCAAGCAAGAGACCUAAAGCAUCCAUAUGAUCAAUCGAUAGCAACAUAUAAAGGUCACUCAGUCUUGCGGACGCUGAUCCGCUGUUAUUUCUCGCCUGAAUACAGCACCGGACAGAAGUACAUCUACACUGGAUCUCAUGAUUCCUGCAUCUAUAUUUACGAUUUGGUUAGUGGGGCACAGGUAGCAAAGCUGCAGCACCAUAAGUCGACGGUGAGAGAUUGCAGUUGGCACCCCACAUAUCCGAUGUUAGUUAGCUCUUCAUGGGAUGGAGAUGUUGUGAAAUGGGAAUUCCCCGGGAACGGAGAGUCCCCACCUCCAGCAAACAAGAAAAUACUUGGAAGGAGACAGUUUUACUAACGACGAUUCCAUUGUAAAGGAGUUGAUAGUAUCAUGGACGUCAAAUAAAUGUGAAGCAGCCAUCUUCGGAUGUGCAAUGAAAUAAUGUACAUAAGUAAAGGGGAAGAUUUUUACAAGUUUAUGCAGUUGAAGUGUGGAAGAAGGGCGUUGGUGGUUUGGACAAAUGCUGAUAUGCAGUAAUUAAGAGAGUAAAUGCAGCACACUGCUUCUUGCAUUGUUGUGCAA